AUGAAAGCUGCUAUUCCAGUGCUUCCACCAUGUUUAGCAAUUUUUUGUUUUAUUUGUAACAUAUUUAUUCCAGGUUUAGGUACGCUCAUAAGUGGUGUCCUUUGUUUAUGUUUUGGUAAACCGAGAUUUUCAACGACGGAUAAUUCAAGAAAUCGUCUUAAAUCAUUCGUUAUAAAUAUUAUAAUUGGAAUAGCUCAAGCAUUUACAAUUAUCUUCUGCUUGGUCGGAUGGGGAUGGAGUAUUUGGUGGGGAGUUAUCAUGUAUAAACUUUCGAAAAGGCAAAAAAGAUUAAAAUUAGUAGAAAAAAACCAAAAAGAAGCUGCUGGAACUUCAAAUGUCAAUCAGAAUCAAGCAGACGUUGAGCAGGGUUGA